AUGUGGUCCUUUAAAGACGCCUAUGUCGCUGCACUAGUGAAUGUGUCAUGGUUUAAAAGUGACGCAAUCAGGUACAAUCCAGCAAUAAGUCUUCCCGAAUAUCGAAUUGCAUCAGUCUCGCCUAAUUAUUGUAAUGGAACUUAUCGUUGCUUAGUGGCAACUAUUCGUCUGGAACGCAGUCUUGGCUUUACAUUAGUGCAAAGUUACAUACCAACAUCCCUAAUCGUCAUCAUAUCGUGGGUAUCGUUUUGGAUCGAUCGCUCGGCCGUACCAGCACGAGUGACGCUCAGCUUUUCAACAAUGCUUUCACUCACUACACUGGGUAAUGGCCUGCGAUACGGAUUACCACAAGUGAGCUAUGCAAAGGCGAUUGAUUAUUGGUUUGGAGCAUGUAUGUGUUUCGUAUUUUGUUCGUUAUUGCAAUUCGCCGUUGUUAACAGUUACAUGCGUAAAUCGGAGAAAAAUGAUAAGCUAUCUGCACGACACUUACAAAAAGCUGGACAAAUCAAUUAUUCGACUGCCGCGAUGCCAAUUUAUGGUCUACAUCAAAUAAAUCGUGAACUAUUGGAGAAAUUGAAAUGCAAAGAUAAGAAACGAGCAAGUGCUAGUCAUGUAAAAGCUGAUUCGAAUGUGAUAUCAAUGGAUGAUGCAGAUCGUUUGCUCCUAUUGAACAAUAUCUACGAAGCUUACAUUAAAGAUACAGAACCUCAAAAUGCGGAAGCAAAUAAACUGAGCGAUCGAAGUAUGAAAAGACUUGAGAAUAGCGCAACAUUACGUCAACUUCUAUUGGAUGGUAUCUUUAAAGAGCCUGAGUUGAUCCUCGCUGAAUACCAUGCACAGUUGGCCAACAAAUAUUCACACGUCGCACUAUCAAUCGACAAAAGCUGUCGUUAUAUAUUCCCGUUGGCAUUCAUUUUGUGGAACCUUGCGUAUUGGGGUUAUUAUUUACUGAACGAUCCUCUGUUUGCAAGUCGACGGUAG